AAGUAAGCCAAUAACGACGACGUUUCUUGGGGUUUCGAGGAUCCAACUCUCACGGGUACAGUGGUGGUCAUGUUUUCGUCUUCAACUAGGUUAAUCGUAUCGGGUUUUCACCGGACUCGAACCCUAAAAUCGCCGGUAAAUCCUCCGAGACUCUUACUAUCCGUGCCUAGAUUCUUCCAUUCCGAGUCGAAAUCGAGCGACAGGAGAAUCGGGAUGAGCAGCGUAGAGAAAACCGGGUCGGAAUCGGGGGCAAUCGAGAAUCGGGCGAGCAGGAUGAGGGAGAAGCUGCAGAAGGAGCUCGAACCGGUGGAGUUGGUAAUCGAGGAUGUGUCGUAUCAGCACGCCGGUCACGCCGGUAUGAAAGGUAGAACCGACGAAGAGACGCAUUUCAACGUGAAGAUCGUCUCAGAGGGAUUCCAAGGAAUGAAUCUGGUGAAGAGGCACAGGCUAGUCUACGAUUUGCUCCGGGAAGAGCUCGAUAGUGGAUUACACGCGCUUUCCAUCGUGUCCAAGACGCCGUCCGAGUCCAAUCGUUAGGACAAGGUCUAUGAAGAGUUUUGUGUAAAAACUCUCCCUUUAUCAUUGAUGUUUUCCGAACCCAAUUCAAAGGCUCUGCUUUGGAUUUGGAUUUGAUUGCGUUUCGUGUUUCCGGAACCCACAACCAAAUUCUUCAUCUUUACAUACGUUUGAGGGUGUUGAUGUUUCUUAUGCUUUACUUUCAGUCUUUUCUCGAGAUUUGGCGAAUUCUCAAGAGAAUUUAGCACCAAUGUACAUUAGGAAAUGUAACACUUUCAUUCUU